CCCAUGUUAACAUUUCACAUUGCCACACAGCGGACAUCUGUCUGCAUGAAUGCAGCGAGUCCGUCAGGUCCACGUCGCAUGCAGCCAUCAGCCGCCAUAUAUGCACACACACGGCACGGCACGGAGAGCUGCUUUUCGCAGCAGCCAAAAACUUGCUUGUCAUGGAUGCAAAACACUCAGCACUCACUCUACCCGAUCCAUCGAGCUGAAUCCUCUUAGAGUCUCACAAGCUAGCUAGCUAGUUGUUUCCGCUUUGACAGGUGCCCCCCUCCUGACCCACUCCACAAGUGUCUUGACACCAUACCCCGUCGCACCCACACUGUCGUCCCACACGGGACCUGCUAUGUCGAAAUGAGCCCACGGCACCUACAUCAGCACACCCACACCCACACACACAUACAUACACACAAUGAGUCUCUGCGUGUAUAUGCAUGUGGCUUGCCUUGUCGAUGAAUUCCUUGAGGAAGAGUGCGGCUGUGAUGGAGCCGCCGAAUCGGCCCCCCACAUUCUUGUAGUCGGCGAUCUUCGAUUUAAGCUCCUCGGCGUACUCGGCAGCCAAAGGCAGGCGCCACAACUUCUCGCCUGUCACCUUGGCGCUGCAAUAAACUCACUAGUGAACGUGCAGACAUGUGGACACACAGCAUUGUGCACGUGGUGUGACGUGGAUGGCAUUGCGCACCAUUCCAUCAGCUGGUCCGCCAGGUCAUCGUUGGGCGUGAACAGACCCGCGUACUUUUUGCCUGCCAAGAGAAUGCACAAAUCACGCCACAUGUGUCAUGUGUACUAGUGUCUGUCUGUCUGUCUGUUUGUCACUCCUUCGCUUCCCGUGUGUCUGUCGUUCACCUAGUCCGACCAUGCACGCCCCCGUCAGUGUGGCGAGGUCCACAAUGGCAUCCACCCCAAGACCCUCGGCAUACAGCAGCGCAUCUGCAAGCGUCAACCGACCCUCUGCAUCGGUGUUGAUCACCUACACACCAAAGCAUACACAACAUACACAGACAGCUCAAAGGGGGCAUGAAUGGGCAAAUCAGCUGGUGUGCAGGCGCCCAUCCACUUACCUCGAUGGUUUUGCCGUUCAUGGCGGUGAGAAUGUCUCCCGGUCGCAUGGCCUUCUCUGACACCAUGUUCUCACACGCGGCAACGAUGAAGUGCACCUCCACUCCCUCUGGCUUGGUCAUGGCGAUCGUCUUGGCCGCACCCAAAGUCGCCGCUGAGCCACCCAUGUCGAACUUCAUCAGCUCUAUCAUGCUACCGCCAAUCUGGCAGACAACCAAAAGAAGAAAAUCAUCACGUGCUGGUGUGUCACGGUGGGCGCGCUGCGUGUGUGCGUGUUCACCUUGAGAUUGUAUCCUCCUGAGUCGAAGGUGAGUCCCUUGCCGACGAUGGCCACCUUCCUCUUGACCUCUCCCUCCGGCUUGUAGGUCAGGUGGAUGAACCGGGGCGGGUGGACCGCCCCUUGCGCCACACCCAGAUACGCCCCCAUCUUCUUGGCCACGAUGGCGUCCUCAUCGAGAAUGGUCGCCUCCAAACCAGUCUCCUUGGCCAUCUCCUCUGACACACAUCAACAGUCGCAAUCAGCAUGACUCUAAUGUGCCUUGGUGUCGCUACCUGCUGCCUUUGCGAGGGUCAUAGGGUGAAGGACAUUUGGCGGCGCGGCCACCAAGUCCUUCGCAAAGAUGAUGCCCGCGGCUGCAGCCUUGCUGUUAGCCACAUUGGCAUCGGACAGGGGUGCGGGUCCCUGCAGCAUCGUGACGCUCUGCAGUGGGGGAGGCUUGGUGAUCCUGUCGCCUGUCCGAAAGCGGUUGUCAGCCAUCAAAUUGACCAGAAAACCCUGCACACAAUGGUAAAUCCAACAUGAAUGGGAGCGCAGCCAAGUUCGUUCCGCACCUCGAUGCAGGUUCGCAUGCCAUCAGCGUCGACGUCUUCCGGUAGCACAACGCCCAUCGACUUGGGUUUGUCGCUCUUGGCCACUCCAGCCAAGGCGCUGCCCACCUUGUCGCACACGGCACCCAGGUCUGUCUUCAGAGCUGACGCCUUUCCCAGGCCCACGAUGCUCAACCGGCGCACAGGCGAUGAUGAAGACAGACGGACGGUCGCCGUGCUGCCAGACGCACCCUUGAACUCAUUCACAUCAAGGAUCUCGCGGAGGGCGCCUGGGCAGCAUCAUGCAAUACACCGAAGCGAUGCAUCUCUUGCGCGUCGGGGUCUCGUCUUGCCUCACCGACCAUCAAGCUUGCUGUCGAGUUCUGCCAGAGGCCCCUCCAGCUUGAUCGGCGAUGUGGGCGGCGCAUCGGGGUCCUUCUUCUCGUCCUUGUCCUUGUCACUUUCCUCUGGCUGGAAAAACGACACCACCAACGCGUCACCCUGACACACACACAAUAUACAAUGAGUCACCACAGAGCGCAUGCAGGCAGAAGCCAGAUCUGAGUGUGCUCACCGUCCAUUCGAGUGGGGAGGUCGAUGCAAACUCCACCUUCAGCUUGUCCAUCCACCCCAUAUCAGUCAGCGACACUUCCGUCGCACUCUGAAGCGUCGGUGCCAGCGCCGCCAUCGUCGCCAUGCCCCGCCUCCCACCCAGCACGCGAGGGAAUAUCGUGGCAGAUGCGGGUGUGUAGUGGUUCCUCCGCAGCAUCUUGCUGCUGGCGCGUGCCGCGGCGAUGACGCGCAUGGAUGACGUUCUGAGAAAGGCCGCUGACAGAGAUUCUUGGAAGCGGAGGACCGUUAUCACGGUCAUGGCGCACAAGCACGUCAAAGGACGGGCGGAGAGGAACAUGGAGGGGAUUGUUGCCCGCAG